CAAUCAGAUGGAAGAUUUGCAGUUUUGAUGAGAGGAGCAAAUGAAACAAUGCACCUUCACCUCUGCCCCGCACGCUCCUGAGGUUGUGCUACAGUAACUAGUAACUUUACUAGGAGCCAGCCCACGGAGGUGGGGAGCGUGCCGGGGCCUCUCGCAGCUACCAGAGGCCGCCUGGCGGAGCUUCUGAGAGUCUCUGCCUCUGCGCCUGGCCCUGCCACAUAGUCGCCGUGGGACAUGGACAGGUAACUUCCCUCUCUCAGCCUCCGUGUCCUCAUCUGCAAAACCAGGGCGGCCACCUUCCUGGAUUUCCGGGAGAAGCCUCUGACGCUGUGCCUGCGAAGGGUCUGGCUAAGUCCAGCCUCAGUGAGAGUGACUUCCCCAGGCACCCAGGCUUCCCAGACCUCAGUUUGCCCAGGCAGUCAGCCAGUGACACCAAACAUCUCCUUGGGCCUGUUAUGUGGCCUUAGCAGGCCUGGUGGGAGGAGUGGAAGCAGAAUCUAGGGUGACCAGUCACGGGAUCUGCCCGGGGCUGAGGUGUCCUCGAGACACAGGACUUUCAGUGCCAAACCGGAAAGUCCCGGACAAACCAGGACAAGUGGUCGCCCUCACAGAGAUUGCCCUCGGUACCAGCGGGCCCAGGAAAGGUCAGCAAAGGCCUCCACUUGCUUCUCUGAGGAUGUGACCCUUGCGAGGGAUGGGGAAGGGAGAGGCCAUGCGCCCUUGCCAGGUGAGCGAGGAUGACAGAGGCCCCAAAUCACCAGUGCCAGAGCCUGUCGGGGCUGCAGUCAGUGACAUGAACACAGCUGCCAUCACCCCGGCCUUCCACACGUGUCAGCGCACCCUUCCAACAACUUCAGGACAUGGCCGCCACGACGUCCGUUUUGCAGACGAGGAACUGACAAUGGAGCACCAAGGGGGCCGGAUCACGGCUGCUGACCCACCCCGGUCAGGUCGCCUCUCCGGGCCUCAGUCUCUGGACGCCUGCGAUGGCUGUUCCUCCUGCCCAGCAUGCUGGAUGGGGAAGAGCUUUGCGGAUGGAAAACUUGGCCCAUUGGGAAGAUUUAUUGCCGUGACUAGACCUUUGGAAAUCAAGGAUUCCGGCAGAUCUCUCCUGCCGAGUGCCCUCUGCCAAGUGUCCCGGCCUGUGCAGAGCCCCAAGGGGCAACAGGGGCCAAAGGAGAGGAAGAGUGUCCCCGUGCUCUGUAGCCUGCUGACCCCUGGCCUGCUAGAGUGGCCUCCCGCUGCUCCUGGGCCCUGCAUGCUGACCGAGGUGCGCCCCCCACUCCUGCCCACAAGAGGCUGUGCCUGCCCCCUCUCCCCUCUGCCCGGACCCCACCCCUUCCCUCAAACCUGACAUCGCCUCAUGGGCCCUCUUCCCAUCCUGCCUCCGGUGUGUGAGGGAGCCUGUCUGUGUCCCCUUGACAGUGUGUGCUCUGUAAGCCAUGGCUGCAAGUCUCUCUGAGGGGUCCAUGAGCCCCGGGGGAAAGGCACACCUGCUUCGCGGCUGGGGCUCUGAGCCCAGCACUGCCCUGGCUCCUGAAAUACUCGUCUGAUACCCAAACCCAUGGACGUCACUCGCCGGCCUGAGCAUGGUCACCCCAGGCAGUCGGGAGUGUGUGUGACCUCAGGCUCAGCCAGGCUGAGCUAUAUUUAGACACCGGGGCCAGGGCGAGCUUCUGGGCCAGAGAAGGCGGCGGAGCCCACGGUGGGGCCCCAGGGGGACCUCCUCAUCUAGGGGGACGGUCCCGUGUAAGAGGCCGUAGCCCAGACCAGGCGCUGUUGGCUCCCACUGCCCCCAAAAAAGGCCAAGGAAAGAUUCUGUUUGAACAAAGGAGGCUCUCUGGC